AUGUCAACCCUUCCAACUGGACAGAUUCCGAUUUCUGGUCAAUUUGUUGGUGGUGCGGUGCUUGGGGUACAACCAAGUGCCGUUACUGAACCGAGCGUUCGUGAUAAUGAUGUUGAAAUUGACAGAAACAACAGAGGCCGUCCGAUUCAUUAUAAUCCUUCGUCUUCCGGCACUAGCCGUAGUAAUACUGGGUCUUCGUCAUCUCCUGAUGAGCCCAUAAUUAUUGCUCGUUCGCCGAGGAUUCCGGUUUUUAGGCCAUCAACAGUAAAUGAUGACUUCGUUUUGAUCGAUAAAAACAUGUAA